AGCGGCGCCUCCUGUGACUGACCAAUGAGCUCCCAGAACACUGAACGAGUGGGCGGGACCGAACCGGGCCAAACGCAAACAUGGCGGCUCCCUUAGAUGAUGAUAUUGAGUCUAACAAUCAGGACUACUAUUCACUGCUCAACGUUAGGAAAGAGGCCACAGCUGAGGAGCUAAAGGCAUCAUAUCGGAGGCUAUGUAUGCUCUACCAUCCAGACAAACAUCGAGACCCAGAGCUGAAAAGACAAGCUGAGCAACUUUUCAACCAGGUUCACCAGGCUUAUGAAGUGCUGAGUGAUGCUCAUUCCAGAGCUAUCUAUGACAUCUUUGGGAAGAAAGGGCUGGAGGUGGAAGGCUGGGAGGUGGUGGAGAGGAAGAGGACACCAGCAGAAAUUCGAGAGGAAUAUGAAAGGCUACAGAGAGAGAGAGAGGAGAGGAGACUGCAGCAAAGAACAAACCCUAAGGGCACCAUCAGCGUUGGUGUGGAUGCAACGGACCUGUUUGACCGCUAUGAUGAAGACUUUGAAGAGAUGCCAGGAGGAGGCUUUCCUCAUAUUGAAAUCAACAAGAUGCAUAUUUCUCAGUCUAUAGAGGCUCCUUUGACGAACUCUGACACAGCAGUGCUGUCUGGUUCGCUCUCCACCCAUAAUGGGAACGGAGGAGGAAACAUUAACAUGACCGUGCGCAGGGUUAUGUCAGCCAAGGGCUGGGGGGAGGUGGAGUUUGGUGCGGGAGACAUACUGGGACCUCUUAUUGGGUUAAAGGUGUUUCGCAAUGUCACACCACGGUGUUUCAUGACAGCCCAGUGCGGUUUACAGUUCUCACCUCGAGGUUUGCGACCGAGUUGUUCUCUGAUGACAGCGCGGCACCUGGAUCAGAACACCAUGGGUUAUCUUCAGUGGCGCUGGGGGCCCAACAGCGCCAUGACUACCAGCCUCGUCCGAGACACCAAGAGCAGCCACUUUACUCUAGCUCUGCAGCUGGGCGUGCCACACUCCUACCUGAUGAUGAGCUACCAGUACAAGUUCCAGGAUGAAGACCAGACCAAAGUUAAAGGCUCUGUGAAGACAGGCUGGUUUGGCACUGUGGUAGAAUAUGGAGCAGAGAGAAAGAUCAGCCGACACAGUAUACUGUCAGCCACUGUCAGCAUUGGGGUCCCGCAGGGAGUUACACUCAAGAUCAAGCUGGCACGUGCAAAUCAAACAUACCUGUUCCCAGUCCAUCUGACUGAUCAACUGCUGCCCAGCGCCGUCUUCUAUGCCACUGUGGGACCUCUGCUAGUGUACAUGGCCGUCCACAGGCUGAUCGUUAUCCCGUACACACAAGCACAGAAAGAACAAGAGCUGGAGCUGCAGAGGAAGAGCUCUGCCACAGACAUUGCCAAGAAGAAGCAGGAGGCAGAGUCUGCUGUUCUGCUGAUGCAGGAGUCUGUGAGGAGAAUCAUAGAAGCAGAAGAAUCCAAGAUGGGCCUGAUCAUCCUGAAUGCUUGGUAUGGGAAGUUUGUGUCAGACACCAGCCAGAAGCAGGAGAAAGCCAAGGUCAUCGAUGUGACCUUGCCUCUACAGUGCCUCGUCAAAGACUCCAAACUCAUCCUCACUGAGGCCUCUAAGUCAGGGUUGCCCGGUUUCUACGACCCUUGUGUAGGCGAAGAGAAGAGCCUAAAAUUACUCUACCAGUUCAGGGGUGUCUUGCACCAAGUCAUCUCUGCAGACACUGAGUCGCUACGGAUACCCAAGCAAUCUCACAGAAUUGAGUCCGAGUCCUAGAGGGCAGCGCUGUCGGAGCAUGGCGAGGCAAACGGACUGUGUGUGAACAGAAGAACCCAAGAAUGGAGGGGGUCACAUCGAAAAUAAGCUGGCCUCUCUCCUCUGGCCUUCUUCUGUUGUGACGUUAGCAAAUCCGAUAGUUCCUCCACUCCUCAUGUUUUCCUGUGGGCCAGCAGAAUUCAGUCAGCACCGACAAGGUGUUGCCCUUUGUGUCCCCACACCUGAGAGAGGUGCUCAAAUACCUGCCUGCUGCAGGGGAGACCCUACAACCCUACAGACCUACAACAUAGAUUUAUAUAUGCACUACACAAGAGGGCCUGACACUCCCUCAGUAAUGAGCUAAAAGUGGGGGCUCUAAUUUACCCCAUAUAAUUGUAGUCUUUGUCCUAAAUGUGUAUCACAUUGAUAGUUUUGAUCUAAUAUUGGUAUGGCAUAGUCAUUGCAAUAAUUCAUGUAAAUGUUUCUGGUCACAGAUCACGUCUCACUAACCCCGAGGCUAGCCACGACUGAGGAAUGACUCAACUCGUGUUUUUUUUUUUUUUUUAAAUUUCUCAUCAUCCGCUCAAAAAAAUCAUCCUAAUUUAUUUAUGAUUUUAGUGCCGCUGUCUGCUGCUCACUGUGGUGCCGGUCGGCAGGUGCUAACUGGUGCUCUGAACUUGUAUCUGUGAAGGCUGAGAUGUGGAAGAAAGGGGAGGGCUUGCUCGGGGAGGGAACGCGGGAGUUGCCCUUUAAUGGUAAUGUUCCAACUAAAGAGAGGGAGAGAAGCUCAAAUUCCACAUAUUGAUUUUUAAUAUCUAUUCUAGACUGCAAUUUAAAGGCAGAAAUUCAACUUGGUUUUGAUUUGCGUCAGUGUUUAUUGAUUGACUGUGCAGCUGCAGCCAAAACAGAAUUUUCUAUAAGGACUUUAAAUACAGUGAAGGUUAUAGUUUGUACUUCUCUGAUGUAUAUCUGGAACAAAUCCAGUGGUAGCAGUAAAAUACUGGCAUGGAUUUGAAACAUUUGAACUGGGACUAUUUUGUAAUUGGUUGGAUGCAAAUGGGAGAAGAUCAGCACUUUUGCCACAUGUAGCUCAUUUGCUGCUGCUGUAAUUAAUUGAGUUUAACAUGUUGGCUAUGAAAUCAAGCCCAGCUGCAGUCACAGAUCAGAUGAUUCCCCCUUUACACUCCCCAGUUGUCAUAUCUGUAAUAGGGCUGUGCAUAUGCAAGCCACUUUACAACCCACCUCUACCUUUCAUGGUUUGUAUUGAUCUGAAAUGAUCAUUCUUAUACACUAUAUUGCCAAAAGUAUUCGCUUGUCUGGCUUCACACACCUCACAACCCAUUUUUAAAUCUUAGAGUUUAAUAUGAUGUCGGUCCACCCUUUGCAGCCAUAACCGCUUCAACUCUUCUGGGAAGGCUCUCCACAAGGUUUAAGAGUGUGUUUAUGGGAAUUUGUACAUUUGUGAGGUCAGACAUGAUGUUGGAUGAAAAGGCCUGGCUCACAGUCUCUGCUCAAAUUCAUUCUAAAGGUGUUCCGUCAGGUUGAGGUGAGGACUCUGUGCAGGCCAGUCAAGUUCUUCCACACCAAACUUGCGCAACCAUGUCUUUAUGGACCUUGCUCUGUUCACUGGUCUGUAGUCAUGUUGAAACAGGAAGGAGCCUCCCCACACUGUUCCCACAGAGCUGGCACAUGAAAUUGUGAAGCAUUAAGAGUUCCUUUCACUGGAACUAAGGAGCUGAGCCCAAGUCCUGGAAAAACAACCCCACACCAUAAUCCCCCUCCACCAAACUUUACGCUUGGCACGAUGCAGUCAGACAAGUACCGUUCUCCUGGCAACUGCCAAACUCAGACUCGUCCAGUGGAUUGCCACAUAGAGAAGCCUGAUUCAUCAUUCCAGAGAACACGUCUCCACUGCUUUAGAGUCCAGUGGCAACAUACUAUACACCACUGCAUCUCAAGGUUUGUAUUGUACUUGGUGAUGUAAGGUUUGGAUGCAGUUGCUCUAUCAUAGAAACACAUUCUGUGAAGCUCUCUACACACUGUUCUUGAGCUAAUCUGAAGGUCAUGAAAUUUGCAGAUCUGUAGCGAUUAAUUCUGCAGAAAGUUGGCAGUCUCUGUGCAUUACACACCUCAGCAUCUACUGACCCUGCUCUGUGAUUUUUAUGUGGCCUACCACUUUGUGGCCGAGUUACUGUCAUUGCCAAAUGCUUCCACUUUAUUAUAAUAACAACUAUGACAGUACCACGCUGGAAUUCACUGAGCUUCUGAGAGCAACCGGUACUUUCACAAAUGUUUGUAGAAGCAGUCUGUAUGCCUAGGUGCUUGAUUUUAUACGCCUGUGGUCAUGGAAGUGAUUGGAACACCUAAAUUCAAUGAUUUGAGUGGGUCAGUGAACACUUUUGGCAAUAUAGUUGUCAAUAAUAUCUACUCUAUUUUGUGCCGGGGUAUUGCUGCUGCUCUCUGAGGUGGAAAGUCCGUAGAACAGAGGCACAUGUUUCCAUUGACUCUAGUGGUUUUGAGCAACUGAACCGUAGCCUCACCCAAACCACAGAGCUAUAUUGUCUGAAUUAGGUGUUACAGUGUUUUAGUUAGUCAUAUAUUUUAAUUUAAUACUAUUCUCCCUGAAGCUUUCAUUGAAAACAAAUCAGACUCGCACUCAUUUUAAACAACACGCCACUCAAUAGUUGCAGAGGGCUUGUAUUACUAUCCUUUAGAUGAUAAACAAAAAAUUUUUCUCCCUUAUUCACAAAGCCUCGCCACUGCAGGUAGCACCACAAAGUUAAUCGGCAGAUUUUUACACCACCUCAAUUCCUCUGGGGAUUCCGACACAUUCCCCAAGGGAUUUGUCUCUUCUCUUAGGACUGAACCCGGGAUCUUUUGCUUGCAAGGCGAAUGUGUUCUGAAGCCACUUUAGGUGGUCAUACAUGCACUAAUUCUCCUUGGCUGUAGUUAUUUGCUCCUCUUAAUGGUGAGGAAAAUGCAAAAAAUCCUAUGAUACACUUAACUGUUGAGAAACUGGUAGGUGAUGCAGCACAAAAGUCCCAAAGAUUUUAAGAUUAGUUGCACCCUGCUCCUCUUUGUUUUGAUCUGUCUCCCUGUCCUAAACUGUUAUUUCUAUCAGUAAUCACAAUAAGCUGGUUCUAUAACUACAGUGGGUUAUUCAUGAGCUUUUAGGGAAAUGUAAUUUUUUUUUGCAGAAAAUGCACAGCAUUUGGAACAAAUGUCAGAGAUUGACUGUCACCAAACCUCUAACUGUGGUACACUUUUACUAAACUGGAGUUUGCAUCAAGAAAUACUGAUUAAUGCAGGCGACUUCAUAUGGUGUCCUUUUGAUUUUCAUUAGUCCAUUUCUAUGAAUAGCAUACACAUCCAGAAGGUGUGGGUAGGCCUAAAAUAAUAACAACAAUAAUAAUAAGUCAAGCACUGACAGGGUUAGGAGACAGCAAGUUUUGGUGUCAUGUUAGAGAAAGGGAGAGCUGUUAAACUGCUCUUUGGUUGGGAUUACUCUUCCAGCAUCCAUUUUGCACUAUUUGUUUGUAGUAUUUGUCUUAUGUUGUUUUAAGUGUGAUGUAAAAUUUUCUUGGUCAAGUCAUCUGUCACCUCUGCUCUGGUGCCACCCUGAGGCCUGCAGAAAGACUGCUCCCUGCUGUUACAUUCCAACCCAUCAUCCAAACUGACUGGCCGUAGUAUUUAAAUGUUAUGAAUGGUUUCAGGAGCCCGUUUUUGUGUCCUGUAAAGACAAUAAACAUGAUUAAAACAU